UCUUCCAAUUCUCACACAAACACAAAAAUAUGGAUUUCUCCAAUCUUUGCUUCCUCUUGUUUCUUGUCAUCUCCAUUUCUUACACAAAUGCUUGUGAUAGAUGUCUUCAUCAAAGCAAAGCUGCCUUCUUUUCUACACCUUCUCCACUUUCUUCUGGAGCAUGUGGGUAUGGUUCAUUAGCUACUAGCUUCUAUGGUAGUCACCUUGCUGCUGCUGUUCCUAGCAUUUAUAAAUCCGGGUCGGGUUGUGGAGCUUGUUUUCAGGUGAGAUGCAAGGAUUCUAAGCUGUGUACCAAGACAGGGACUCAAGUGAUUGUAACUGAUUUGAAUAAAAGCAAUGAGACUGAUUUUGUGAUGAGUGGUAGAGCUUUUAUGGCCAUGGCUAAUAAGGGUAUGGGCCAAAAAUUGUUGAAACUGGGUGUUACUGAUGUGGAAUAUAAAAGAGUACCAUGUGUUUACAAAGGCAAGAAUCUGACUAUCAGAGUUGAAGAAUCUACUCAAAAGCCCAAUUAUCUUGCACUCAAAUUCUUAUACCAAGGUGGUCAAACUGAAAUUGUGGGAGUUGACAUUGCUCAGGUUGGUUCAACAAGUUGGACUUUUUUGUCCAGAAACUAUGGGGCUGUUUGGGACACUAGUCGAGCUCCGGUGGGAGCUUUACAACUUCGCUUCGUUGUGACAUCCGGUUACGACGGAAAAUGGAUUUGGGCUCAGAGUGCAUUGCCUGCAGAUUGGAAAGUUGGUGGUGUGUAUGAUUCUGGAGUGCAAAUUGAUGACAUUGCACAAGAAGGAUGUGAUCAAUGUGAUGAUCAGAUUUGGAAAUAGUUCCAUAUGAAGAAAAAAACACAACAUUCUAAUUUGGUCAUAUACAAACUAUGGAAAGGUGCAAUAACAAUUUAGAUAUAGGAUAGUAAGUAAACAUAAUGAAGUAGUAUAUGUAUUAGGCAUGAGUGGACUUGAAAUUUAUAGAUGUAAACUUUGUUACAUUACAUGAUAAUAUAAAAACUUUUAUUCAGUAA